AUGGGCCGACGGGCUUAUUUAAACCGGCUCGCUUUGGGCCGGUCGCCUUAUGAACCGCCAGAGACUGCUGUGAUUGACCCUUCGAGCCCAGUGCGAAGGGUGUCAAACGUCCAUUCCGACAACUACAUGCAGCAGUAUGAUGCCCGAGGGCAUCCAGUCAACCCCGAGUCCAAGGUUUUGGGCCGGGAACUUCGCAGAGCAAAGAACGACAUUCUUUCCACAAUGGGGGUUGUUGUUAGUGGCGAGGACCGGAACGCCAACUCGUCCAAUGACCAGGAGAAGAUUAACCAAAUAGCCGCUGAGAAUGACUUCGGCCUUGUGAUCACCACAAUCGAUCAGCUGUUUGUGUUCCUUGGCACCUGGUGGUCCUCUUCUCUCACCGGGCGUAUUCAGACAUAUCGGCAUUAUACGCAUGCUGCUUUGCUUGAAGUCAUCCGCUCCGAGCGUGGAGCGACAGGGGUGCUUGGCUUCUACUUAGCUGGUAUCCCCGCGUGGGCAGUGUCCAGUGGGUUGGCCAUCGCUCGAGACAACCCCCCUGAAGCGGAUCUUUAUCACGGCCCGAGAUUAUUUGGUGGACACCAGAGGCAACGGAAGUCUCUCGCUCGGAGUCCGAUCUCUCUUCGGGCUCACAUAUACAGUGGCGAGGAGCUCGGUCCUCCUCUUGAAUCUCUGGUUCAAUUGCCCCCUCUUCCCGCCGACUUAUCUAUACCCUCGGCCGGCGGAUUCCUUCUGCGCCUGCUGGCCUCCCCAGGAGUUUUGACCUUCCUUUUUGCCUUUUAUCUGCGACCAGAGCUCGAAGAGCGCAUUUACAGACUAGUCCGUCGUCAGCUGCCGAAGCCCACUGUUGUCGAUGAGCUUUCAAUUCGAGUUGCAUAUGAAGAGAAUCUUGUCGACUGGGUGGUUCCCACUCUUGGCCGCAGGUCCUCGGAGGAAAUGCGCCGUGCCAAGCUCACAUUGCUUGAGGAUAUUAAGUGUGAACUUGUGACCUUCCAAGGAUGGGUGUUCUCCUUUUUCGGCCUUUUGUCAAAGCCAAAGUCUGACGCGCAAAGUAAGGACGGUGGUCAAUUGGAAAGGAUAGAAACGCUUCGAAAUUCAAUCGAGUCAUUGCAGAAUGAGCUCGAAGAAGUUCAUCUUCGCAACGUUCCUAUUGAUGACGAGCCGGAGGAUCGGUUCGCCAGGCGUCUGGGCUCCUUUCCCCAUACAAAUACGACAAACAUUGGACGUCUUGGUCUGCCGGUCGUUGCAGAAUCUGCCCAAAUGAGUGAAGCAGAAUUGGCGCUGGAAAUGAAUCAAUUACUCACAAACGAAAAUCGCAUGUCCCAAUCCCCGGGAGAAAUGAGUAACGAUUUGUUUUCUGAAAUGGCGACACUGGGCCGAACAAGUGCACACUCGAAUACCACGGCUUCACAGAGCCAGAUAAGCCACACACAAGGCGCGGAGGAAACUACAACAGACCGACAAAAUUCCCGCUCAAAUACACUUUUCUCUCGCCCGUCAUCACCAGAGACGUCUCCUCCAACUUCACCUCGUGUGCGGGCUUCCUUGAUCCAUCAAAGUUCCGAUAUCAUCACUAUGCAGCUGGAGCUUUUGGGCAACCAUAACCGCAGCGUCCAAGGCCAGGGGAUAGCCUCAAACCUAUUACCCAGAACGAGCCGGCAACAUUCUGGCUUACGGCCUUCAGCCGUCCCUGAUCGCAGGUCGAUCGCCGAGUUCCUCGAGGCAUUGAUUUUGAGCCAAGCUGCUCAACAAGGGACUUCAGCGGAUCCAGAUAAUGAUUCGAAUAUAACUGCAGGAGCAAGCUAUACAACAGCUCAAGACCUACCUAUGGUUGACGACGAAUCUCAAGACUUGAUAGAAGAGGCUACUGCCAUUGGCCAUCCUCUCCCACCUCUCCCACAAGAAGGGCAAACAUCAAACGUGCCCAACAUCCUGCCAGAUGGUGUCGAGGAACCGAAUGAUGAGGAGCCUGAAAGUCAAUUACCCUUAGCUGUAGGGACAGCUCAAAGGGCAGACAUUCCCCCAGACCCUGCACUCGGUCCUCCAAACUUCUCUCGCCUCCCGGGCCAAACUGUCACAACCCAGUCCAUGACCGCUCACCGGGUCACCCUCCUUUCCGCACAUCCAGUGGAUUCACUGGCAUCACACCUUGCGGCCAUCAUUAGCACCAUCAUUCUCUCUCCAUUGGAAUCACUUACCUUGCGCUCUCUGGCUCACUCCUACCUUUCCGCGCAUCCUUCAUCCACAAUUCGGCUUUCGGAUAUUCAUUCCAUGGACCUUUGGUUCGGUGGAGACUCCUGGUCCGAUAGGCUGGCAUAUACCGGAAGAUUGGUGCUUAUGAGAGGCAUGCAGGCUGCUUUACGAGCAGGCGUAUGGGGAUUCCUGGUUGGCUCAACGAUGAGAAUUGGGCGGAAGUUUUGUGGUUGGGGGACUCUAUAA